AUGGGCCGUUCCAACAAGGUGGCUGAUGUCACCAACAUGAAUGGACUCACCGGGGCCAUCACGGAUCAACCAGAAGAGCCCAAGAGUUUCAUGGAGAAGAUCGGAUUGGGAGCAAUGGUUGGAAAGGGCCCUGAAGUCGGAGAGUAUACGAAAGGAAGGCUCAAGUACAUCUCCAAGAGCCUUGUUUUUGAUGCCAAUGAAGGAUAUUAUUACUAUUGGGUAGCGGUUGUUUCAGUGGCUUAUGUUUACAAUCUAAUUGUAAGUCAUCAUUCUCUGAUGUAACAUGUUUUUUUUAAACCUUUUCAUUAUCGAUCUGCUGGGAAAAUAAUGAGAACAUGUCACGCCGGCAAAGUGCAAAAAUUCGCUGCCAACACAGUUCGUUGUUCACCGGGGCUGCGCGAUUGCCGAUUUCACAUUGGGGUCAUUAUUUUCCCGACAGACUGAUACUAUUAUUUUUAGGUAGUGAUUGCCAGAUCAGUCUUUGUCGACUUGGAUUCCCGUAAGAUGCUGCCUUUCUGGUUGACUCUGGAUAUUUUUACCGACCUUAUUUAUUUGAUGGAUAUGUUUUUAAGAACUCACACAGGUACCUUAAGCUUGUUUUACACGCUUUCUGUAGGGUUUCUGGAGCAAGGGCUUCUGGUUAGAGAUGUUAAACGAAUAAGAACUUUGUACUUCAACAGUCUCCAGUUCAAGAUCGACAUCUUUAGUUGUCUUCCAUUGGAUUACAUGACUACGUUUAUAUUUAAACGAUCAACUGUUUUAAGAUUCAAUCGACUGCUGAAGAGGGAGAGGUUGGUCAAAUUUAUGGAACAUACUGAGACUAGAAGUUCAUUUCCGAAUGCCUUUCGAGUGGGCGCGGUUGUUUGGUAUAUCGCUGUGAUCAUUCAUUGGAAUGCGUGCUUUUAUUUUUUGAUAUCAGAAACUAUAGGCCUCGGUUCUGAUAAUUGGGUCUACGGUGUUCAGAACAAACAGUCACUCCCCGAGUAAGUGGUUUCACAUUAUAAACGCUUUAUAUCAUUUAGUGGCAUUGAUGACAGCUUGGCCAGAAGAUACAUCUACAGUUUUUACUGGUCUACUCUUAUCUUGACCACCAUUGGAGAAGUUCCUGGUCCCGUCCAGAACGUCGAAUUUGCGUUUGUCACCCUCGAUUUGAUGUGCGGUGUCUUGAUCUUUGCUACAAUCGUGGGUAACGUAGGUAGUAUGAUAUCGAAUAUGAGUGCGGCACGAACCAACUUUCAAAAUCGAAUGGAUUCCAUCAAACAGUACAUGGAAUUACGGAGGGUUGGCAAACAGGUAAAGAAUAGUUUUUGCAGGGGGACAAAGGGGGCAGCCGGGGCCCGGUGAAGUUUACACUGUAUCGGUACGCGUUUAGCAGCCAGUUGUAAAUGUAUGAGUAUUAUACAUACACUCUGUUUCAAAAUGAUAGACACGCCUAUAAAAUCUACAAUUGCGGUGUCAGGGUUUAUUUGACGGAUACGAAACCUUCACGGAUUUAAAGAGGAUUGAAAACAUGUAUACACUAAAAAAUAAUUUUUUUCUAAAGGUUUUCCAAAUUUUGGGUGUUUAGAAACGGUAGACACGCUGACUAUUUUUGCAACAGACUUGUAACACUCCGGAAUUACUUUUACGAUAUCUCCCAUCAAUUCGUUAACUUGAUUGGCCCCAAAAGUCGCGGGCCCCGAUUGUCGCCGUUCGGUUUUACAACGCAUUUUAUUAUUGAAUAUUGUAUAAAAUCAUUGAUUUUAGUUGGAGAUCCGAGUAAUUAAGUGGUUUGAUUAUCUUUGGGCCAACAAACAAAGUCUCAGCGAUCAACAAGUCCUGGAAGUUCUUCCGAAUAAACUCCAAACCGAAAUAGCUAUGCACGUUCAUUUCGAGACCCUCCGGAAAGUUCGUAUCUUCCAAGAUUGCGAAGCUGGUCUUCUCGCUGAACUGGUACUCAAACUUCAGCUUCAGGUGUUUAGCCCAGGUGAUUUUGUUUGCCGAAAAGGAGACAUUGGAAGGGAGAUGUACAUCGUGAAAAGAGGGAUGCUGCAAGUUGUGGCGGACGAUGGCUCCAAGGUCUUUGCUACACUCUCAGAAGGCGCUGUUUUUGGAGAAUUAAGUAUUCUAAACAUUCAAGGUGAGUAUUUUUGUAAAGAUAAAAAGCCAGACAAAACAAAUAUAUUUUAAUCUCUUUUAGAAUGCAUGGAAGUAUUAGGCCAUCCCUUUUAAUUAGAUUGUUGGCCCAGUGCCGUAGAUUAAACAGAAUGGAGAGAGCUCCAAGGCGUUAAACAUCAUUGUUAUACAAUUAGCGUUAAGCCUUUUUUCUGACCCCAUUUUGCUAAAGUAAUCGCAACACAUGAUGACUUUCAUCGCUCAUCUCAUUAAUUUAGGAAGCAAAAAUGGAAACCGAAGAACGGCCAAUGUCCGAUCCCUGGGAUACACAGAUUUAUUUGUACUCAAUAAAACAGAUUUGUGGAAUGCCUUGCGGGAAUACCCUGAGGCGAGGAAGAUCUUGAUCAAUAAAGGAAGAGAGCUCCUCAGAAAAGAUAAUCUACUCGACGAAACUGCUCCAGUGGAAAGCAAAACAGCAGAAGAAAUGGCUGAUGAGUUACAAAACUCCGUCAGGAUAUUACAAACAAGGUGAUUUUAGAUCAAAGUAAGGAUCGGAAAUAAUUUUAGAUUAGCCAGGUUAAUGGCGGAGCAUACAAAUACGGAGAGCAAACUGAAGGAACGAGUACACUAUCUGGAAAGAAAACUGAUGAAUGGCGAUGACUCAGACGAUGAAGUCAUCACCAUUCACACCCCAUUUUCAGCUGGGGACAAAAAUAAUAUUACGGAAUCUGCUGUCGAAGUGGAACGACGGAAACUUCUCCGUCCAGAGGAAACAGAUUCCGAUUCUGAAUAUUAA